AAAAAGUCUUCCGCCACCACUGCCGCUGUCUCUACUCCUUCCGUAGUUGUGGAUGAGGAAGUAGACUGGCCACCCUCACACCGAUCACCAACACGCCGCAUAUCCAAGGUUGCCGAAAGGCCACCAAUACAGAUCUUGGAGAGUCCGCCACAAAUAUCUCCACAUCUGGCUGAGGAGAACAUUCCCGAGAAUAUGCCGGAAGCAGAAGAGGUGAAAUCUGAAAGGGAGGAGACAUUUGUGUUAAAUCUCACUCCUAUCCCUCCUGCUGUGUCAACACCAACAACUCAGAGGACGACACCACCCCACAUCAAGCCAGAUUCACCACCACCACAAUCCCAGGAACAGGUGUUUUGGUCCAGCUGGGCCAACCAGCAGACCAAUAAUCUUGAAUGCCUGCGGAUGCAAGUCCAAUACAUGGGAAGACAGGUCCAUCACACAAGGCGAAUAAAUCACAACGUUAGUCUGCAAAAUACACAAAUAACCCGAAUUGCAAACACAGUGGAGCUAAUGCGGGCGGACAAUCUUAAAUAUCAAGAAACCAUUGUAAGGCUAAUGGAGGAGAACCAGAGGCUGCAUCAGAGCUACCAAUCAACACAACAGAGCAUGCUCCGCAUAAUGGAGAGUCACUCAGCAGCCACCCGAGACUUAAGUGCAACUCUGUCUAAUCUGAGCCAACAUCUUGUGGUCCAACACACAGAGCACCCUAGCACAAGUUCUGAUGGAACGACCCCAUUAGCAAUCCCUGUUACCUCUCCUCCAAAGCGGUCCUCCCACAUAAACAUGGAGACAAACACAGGCAGAGGACGCAGCAGAUCCAGAGGGCGGCAGGGGAGGCACUAGAACUGCACACUUAUCAGUCUGCAAAAUAAAAUAAAAAUUUGAUUGUUGGGCCACAAUUAUGGGAAUAUUUGCAGUUGCCAUAACAUGUUAUUUGUUUAUUCAAAAACAAAACAUUACUACAAAACCAGACACCUUAAUGACUGUGCAAAUAGUAUAUAAGCAGGUGCGCGACCAACAGCAGCAGGUAAGAGGAAGGUCAAUUCCUCAAAAACUAGACAAUAGAGAAAAAGAUAUGUAUACCAGCGCUGGCUGUGCAGAUCAAGAAUUUAAAAUAUAUAUUGACAAUAAAUUAAAAUAAUAAGGAUGGUUUGUUCUUUGUAAAAAGGUAACAAUUUAUUAACAUAUCACAUGUAACACCUCUAAAAAGAAGGAAUUCCUUUUGCCACAAGGUGGCGAUAAAACUUAGAUAUAUCUUAUCUGGUAAACGUUUCAUAGCCAUGCUGC